CCGGAGACAAAUUGGCGCCAUUUUGAAGCCAGGAGGAGGAUCAGAGCUGCAAGAAGACACGAUUGGCUGUUAUUCAUCAAACUAGGGAGCACUGAGCUGAGACCAUGGCUCACUCCAAGGCCAGAGCCACUGAUGGCAAGAUCACCUACCCGCCGGGGGUCAAGGAGAUCUCUGACAAGAUCUCCAAAGAAGAGAUGGUUCGGAGAUUAAAGAUGGUUGUGAAAACCUUUAUGGACAUGGACCAGGACUCAGAGGAGGAGAAGGAGCUCUACCUCAACCUGGCCCUGCACUUGGCCUCCGAUUUCUUCCUCAAGCACCCCGAUAAAGAUGUCCGCUUGCUUGUGGCUUGCUGCUUGGCCGAUAUCUUCAGGAUUUACGCUCCAGAGGCUCCGUACACAUCGCCAGACAAACUGAAGGAUAUAUUUAUGUUUAUUACAAGGCAGCUGAAGGGACUAGAAGACACAAAAAGCGCACAGUUCAACAGAUACUUUUAUUUGCUUGAGAAUAUUGCCUGGGUGAAGUCGUACAAUAUCUGCUUUGAGCUGGAGGACAGCAAUGAGAUCUUCACACAGCUCUACAGAACACUGUUUCAAGUGAUAAACAAUGGCCACAACCAGAAGGUCCAUAUGCACAUGGUGGAUCUGAUGGGUUCCAUUAUUUGUGAAGGGGAUACUGUGUCUCAGGAGCUGUUGGACACUGUUUUAGUGAAUCUGGUACCUGCGCAUAAGAAUUUAAAUAAACAGGCUUAUGACCUGGCCAAAGCUCUGCUGAAGAGGACCGCGCAGGCCAUUGAACCAUACAUCACUAAUUUCUUCAACCAGGUGUUGAUGCUUGGGAAGACAUCUGUCAGUGAUCUGUCAGAGCACGUCUUUGAUCUGAUUCUGGAGCUAUACAACAUAGACAGCCAUCUGCUGUUGUCUGUCCUGCCGCAAUUGGAGUUUAAACUUAAGAGCAAUGAUAAUGACGAGCGCUUGCAGGUUGUAAAGCUGCUGGCCAAAAUGUUUGGGGUGAAGGAUUCCGAACUGGCAGCUCAGAACAAACCCCUUUGGCAGUGUUACCUGGGAAGGUUCAAUGAUAUCCAUGUCCCUAUACGCCUAGAGUGUGUAAAGUUUGCAAGCCACUGCCUUAUGAACCACCCAGAUUUAGCCAAAGACCUAACAGAGUAUUUAAAAGUGAGGUCACAUGACCCCGAAGAAGCCAUCAGGCAUGAUGUGAUUGUGUCCAUUGUAACAGCUGCUAAAAAGGACCUGUCCCUCGUCAAUGACCACUUGCUUAAUUUUGUCAGAGAAAGAACAUUAGAUAAACGGUGGAGGGUCCGAAAGGAAGCGAUGAUGGGGUUGGCCCAGAUCUAUAAAAAAUAUUCUUUGCAAGGAGAGGCAGGAAAAGAAGCUACCAAACAGAUAUCAUGGAUAAAAGAUAAACUACUACAUAUAUAUUAUCAGAACAGCAUUGAUGACAGGUUGCUAGUUGAACGGAUAUUUGCUCAGUAUAUGGUUCCUCAUAACUUGGAAACUGCGGAGAGGAUGAAAUGUCUGUAUUACCUUUACGCAACACUAGACUUCAAUGCUGUAAAAGCUUUGAAUGAAAUGUGGAAAUGUCAGAACAUGUUGAGGCACCAUGUUAAAGACCUGCUUGAUUUAAUAAAACAGCCAAAAUCGGAAGCUUCCAGCAAGGCUGUAUUCUCCAAAGUGAUGGUCAUAACAAGGAACCUGCCAGAUCCCGGGAAAGCCCAGGACUUUGUGAAGAAGUUAGCCCAGGUUCUAGAAGAGGACGAGAGGAUCCGGAACCACCUGGAGACGCUGGUCAGUCCGACCUGCUCCUGUAAACAAGCUGAAGGCUGUGUGAGGGAAAUCACAAAAAAACUUGGAAGUCCCAAACAGCCAAGCAACCCAUUCCUGGAAAUGGUGAAGUUUCUCCUGGAAAGAAUUGCUCCAGUUCACAUAGACACUGAAUCCAUCAGUGCCCUCAUAAAACAAGUCAACAAGUCCAUUGAUGGCACUGCCGAUGACGAGGAUGAAGGGGUGCCUACAGAGCAGGCCAUUAGGGCUGGCCUGGAACUGCUGAAGGUGCUCUCGUUCACUCAUCCUGUUUCAUUCCAUUCCGCGGAAACCUUUGAGUCUCUUCUGGGCUGCCUGAAGAUGGAUGACGAGAAGGUGGCAGAAGCAGCGCUGCAGAUUUUUAAGAACACUGGGAGCAAGAUGGAAGAGAGUUUUCCCCAUAUCAAAUCGGUACUGUUGCCAGUUCUUCAGCACAAGGCUAAAAAGGGUCCACAGCGCCAGGCCAAGUAUGCUAUCCACUGCAUCCAUGCCAUCUUUUCCAACAGAGACACUCAGUUUGCACAGAUAUUUGAGAUUCAGGGCAUCAAGCUAAUGGUAAGAUGGCUGCUAGGAGUGAAAAACAAUUCAAGCAAGUCGGGGAACUCCACAUUGAGAAUGCUCACGGCUAUACUGCACAGCGAUGGAGACUUGACAGAGCAGGGCAAAAUGGGGAAGCCUGAUAUGUCACGUCUGCGGCUGGCAGCAGGGUGUGCGAUCCUCAAGCUAGCGCAGGAGCCCUGUUAUCAUGAAAUCAUAACCCUGGAGCAGUACCAGUUGUGUGCUUUAGUCAUCAAUGAUGAGUGCUACCAGGUAAGACAAGCUUUUGCUCAGAAGCUGCACAAAGGCCUGUGCCGGUUACGGCUGCCCCUGGAGUACCUGGCGAUAUUUGCUCUGUGUGCCAAAGACCCCAUGAAGGAAAGAAGAGCCCACGCCAGGCAGUGCCUGGUGAAGAACAUCAACAUCCGAAGAGAGUACCUGAAACAGCAUGCAGCUGUCCGUGAAAAGUUAUUCUCACUCUUGCCAGAAUAUGUGGUCCCAUAUACAAUCCAUCUCCUUGUGCAUGAUCCUGAUUAUGUCAAAGUGCAAGACAUUGAGCAGCUUAAAGACAUCAAAGAGUGUUUGUGGUUUGUUUUAGAAAUCCUAAUGGCAAAAAACGAGAAUAAUAGCCAUGCAUUCAUUAGAAAAAUGGUAGAAAACAUUAAACAGACAAAAGAUGCCCAGGGGCCGGAUGAUUCCAAGUUAAAUGAGAAACUUUACACAGUGUGUGAUGUGGCUAUGAACAUCAUCAUUUCCAAGAGUACUACAUACAGCUUAGAGUCUCCUAAGGACCCUGUGCUCCCAGCUAGAUUCUUCACUCAGCCUGACAAGAAUUUCAGCAAUACAAAAAAUUAUCUCCCUCCAGAAAUGAAAUCCUUUUUCACCCCAGGAAAGCCUAAAGCAGCAAAUGUCCUGGGGGCUGUAAACAAGCCCCUGUCAACAGCAGGGAAGCAGUCCCAGACCAAGUCGUCCCGCAUGGAGACGAUCAGCAACGCCAGCAGCAACUCCAACCCCAGCUCUCCUGGAAGGAGUAAAGGAAGGCUUGACAGCACAGAAAUGGAUCACAGUGAAAAUGAAGACAUCACGAUAAUGAAAAGCUCUCCGAUGCCAGGGAAGAAGAAUGACAAGCGUGACGACUCGGAUCUCCUGAGGGACGGUGAAAAACCUCGGGGCCGAAAACGAGCCGCGGCCUCCAGUCAGGAUGACCGCUCAGGGCUGGAGGAUUCAGCUCAGGAGCAGAAGCCCAAACGGGGGCGCAAGAGGCCCGCCAACAGCAGCGCGGGGGAGGCGGAGGAGCAGCAGUGGGCGGAGGAGAAGAGGAUACAGGACGGCACCCUGGAGACGGAGGACGAGCAGAACAGCCCCCCCAAGAAGGGCCGGAGAGGCCGGCCGCCGAAGUCGGUCAGCGGCGGCGCGGCCAAAGAAGAAACGCCCAGCAAGGGGCGGAGGGGCCGCAAGAAGGCGGCAGCCCCUGCCGAAGAGGAAGCGGAGGAGGACGAAGAAGAGGAGGACCGCAACAGCGAGAACAUGGAGGUCAAGCAGAAGGGGGGGCGGCAGGCCCGCACACCUCGGAGGUCACAGCAGAGGGUAGAAGCUUCUGAAGCCACGGACGAAGCAGUCGAAUCCACCCCGCAGAAAAGAAGAGGAAGACCUCCAAAAGCAGCACAGUCCCUGCCAAAGAAAAAUGCUCGGGGGUCUCGCUCCAGAGCAGCAGCCAGUAAAGAGAACGACUCGGCUGACGAGAUGGAGGUGUCUCAAGCAAGCAUAGAGGACACAGCACAGGAAGAGGAGGAAGAUGAGGACGAGGAAGCAGAGGAGGAAGAGGAAACCACCGGAUCGCCCAAGGUGCGGCGAAAGACAGCCAGGAGGGACCGAAGAUGAACGCUGGGAUAUUGGGGAAAAUAAUUAUUGGCACUUGGGCUGUAAGCUUCACAAAAGCCCAGAACGGAGAGGGUGAAAGACUAUGAACAGCCUUGCAUCUGCUGACACUGUUUAUUGCAGUCUUUAAUGUCACAAGCUUUUACCACACACAUUAUAAUAUCAUUAUUUGUGGUUUGUUGUGCAUUGUGAUGUGCGCUGGCUAUGUAGAGAUCUAAACUAAAGAGAAAAAAAAUGUAAAUAAUCUCUUUAAUUUUUUUUUUCAUUGUUUUAUUUUCUGAUUUGGGGGGAAAUUGUAUAGCUUUUAUCUUUCAGCUUUAAAGUAAACACCCAAUUUAUCUGUCAAACUGAAACUCAAUGAUGGACCUUAAGCAAUAUAUGUCAAGUGUUUUUUCCGUACCUACUUUUACUGUGAAAUGAGAUCAAACAAAAACUUAUUUUAGGGUUUUCCUUUUUAUAUGUGACACUGUGUAUUUUCCUUUUUCCAUGAAUUUGUUUACUCUUGUGAACAUUAAAUGUGUAGGUGCUAAGGUGCUUUUGCUUAAAAAAGAAAAAUGCUGAACACCAGUUUGAAGAUAAAAGGUAAAAAAAUCAAAGUAUUUGUUACAUUUUACACUUCGGUAUUGGUAACAGAAUUUCAAGUGAACUUAAUGCAUAGAAAUUUUAAUUUCUAAUAUUUCGUUAUUGGCAGUACAUUAAAGAAUUGCUUACUAACUUCCCCAGUCAGUUUUUAUCAGUCUGCUGUACCAAUAAAAUUCUCUAUAUAAA